AUGGAGGCUGUGCUUCUCACCCAGAAGAAUCCAACUGGUGGUAACCUGUUGGUGAUCGUCGUGGUGACCAUGUCGCGCCGGCUGCGCUCCAUCACCAACUUCUUCCUGGCGAACCUCGCCAUCGCAGACCUCUGUGUCGGCCUCUUCUGCGUCUUCCCACACCUCUACCUGCAGCUCUACAACGACUGGCUGCUCGGUGAGGCCAUGUGCAAGAUGACGGUAUUCGUCCACACUCUGAGCUACACGGCGUCCAUCCUCAUCCUGGUGGUGAUCUGCACCGAGCGCUACGUCGCCAUCAUACACCCCAUCGCCUGCCGGCGCAUCCUCACGCCGGCGAGACUCAUGGCGGUGGUGGCGUGGGCGUGGCUGCUGGCGGCCGGCUACUCGUCGCCGCGGCUGCUGUGGAUGAAGACGGUGCGGCUGGGCAAUCAGACGCUGUGCGCGCCGGACCGGUCGCGCUACGACCAGGGCCUGCUGGACGGGCUCACGUUCGGCCUGCUGUACGUGCUGCCGCUCGCCGUCAUGCUGGCGCUCUACUCGCGCAUCUCCGUGGCGCUCUGGCGCAGCAGCCGCGGUCUCUCGCCGGCGGGGCACUGCCACCAGGUACCGUAG